CUGGCCGAGCAGGCUGAGCAAUAGGACGAAAUGGUGGAGUCAAUGAAGAAAGCAGCAGGGAUGGAUGUGGAGUUGACAGUUGAAGAAAGAAACCUCCUAUCUGUUGCAUAUAAAAAAGUGAUUGGAGCUAGAAGAGCUUCCUGGAGAAUAAUCAGCAGCAUUGAACAGAAAGAAGAAAACAAGGGAGGAGAAGACAAACUAAAAACGAUUCGGGAAUAUUGGCAAAUGGUUGAGACUGAGCUAAAGUUAAUCUGUUGUGACAUUCUGGAUGUACUGGACAACAACCUCAUUCCAGCAGCUAACACUGGCGAGUCCAAGGUUUUCUAUUAUAAAAUGAAAGGGAACUACCACAGGUAUCUGGCUGAAUUUGCCACAGGGAAUGACAGGAAGGAGGCUGCGGAGAACAGCCUAGUGGCUUAUAAAGCUGCUAGUGAUAUUGCAAUGACAGAACUUCCACCAACACAUCCCAUUCGCUUAGGUCUUGCUCUCAAUUUUUCUGUAUUCUACUAUGAAAUUCUUAAUUCCCCUGACCGUGCCUGCAGGUUGGCAAAAGCAGCUUUUGAUGAUGCAAUUGCAGAACUGGACAUGCUGAGUGAAGAAAGCUAUAAGGACUCUACACUUAUCAUGCAGUUGUUACGUGAUAAUCUGACACUAUGGACUUCAGACAUGCAGGGUGAUGGUGAAGAGCAGAAUAAAGAAGCGCUGCAGGAUGUGGAAGAUGAAAAUCAGUGAGACAUAAAAGCCAACAAGAGAAAGCAUCUCUGACCACCCUAGACCUUCCCAUCCCACCCCUCUUGGAAAUUCCC